AUGAGUCUCGUGCAUCAUUUCUUUCACGUCAAGGGCGGUGCGACGACGGCGAAGCCGAGCACCACCACAAGCAACACCGACUGCGCCCCUGGUGCAGCGGCUGCAGAGACCGUUUACGUCGCCGUGCAGGGGUGCUGCCACGGAGAGCUCGACAGCAUCUACGCUGCUUGCGCUGCGCAUGAGAAAGUGAGCGGGCGGCGGAUCGAUUUUGUCGUGUGCUGCGGGGACUUCCAGGCGGUGCGGGACGAGGCGGACCUGCGCAGCAUGGCGGUGCCGCAGAAGUACCGUGUGAUGGGCAACUUCGCGGCGUAUUACCGGGGCGAGAAGCAUGCGCCCUACCUGACACUCUUCGUGGGUGGCAACCACGAGGGCUCCGACUGGCUGGCAACAGAGUCCUACGGCGGGUUCCUGGCGCCAAAUAUCUACUACAUGGGGCACUCCGGCGCCGUAGUUGUUGAUGGCCGCGUCACGGUCGCUGGGCUGAGCGGCAUAUUCAAGGGCCACGACUACGCGCGACCGUAUCCCGGCCGUCCCUUCCACACAUCGGAGAUGGCUAAGCGCUCCGCCUACCAUGUACGGCGCAUUGAGGUGGAGAAACUUAUGGCGCUGUCACGGGCACUGGAACGCAUGCGGCAGCACCCGGCUCCCCCAGUGACUACAUCCACAGCGGUGCCCAGUGCGCCGCCUUCGCGAUGUGCUGCGGCAUUUCCACACGUUGACCUGUUUCUUUCCCAUGACUGGCCGACGGGGAUCACCAAGUACGGGGAUGAGGCGCAGCUGCUGCGCUACAAGCCCUUCUUUGCGGACGACAUUAGGCACGGUGCACUGGGGAACCCGCACACAAUGCCGCUGCUUUGCGCCGCCAAGCCCCGGUACUGGCUGGCAGCGCACCUCCACUGUCAGUUCGAAGCCACCGUGCCUCACUACGACGUGGAAGGCGACGCCGCCGCUGCUGGUGUGCCGCGGGCCACGAGGUUUCUCGCGCUGGACAAGUGCUCGAAGGGGAAGGGCUUUCUUGACUUCAUUGAUGUCCAUGUGGGCUGCGGCUCCAGCUGCAGCGGCCCCACUACGGAGGAAAUGCAGGAACGAAGUGUGAGCGGGCAGGGGCGUGUGGUGCACCAUCCGCUGUGGCUGGAGGUGCUUCGAGAGACGCACGACAUGCUGAUGCGGAACAACACAAACUGGUCGGCGGAGGCGUGUGCUUUGUUGCGGCUCGCGCCGGACGAACUUCGGCGGCGUGGUGCGUGGCUGCCGGCCAGCAGCACGGCGGCAGUACUGGAGGCACUUGCGCUGCCGCCGGCCCCGCUGCAGCAGCCGCCCGUGGGGGAAGAAGGGCGCUGGGCGCCGCACGCACACGACCGCCCGGCAGAAAAGACCGCCACGGCACCGUUGUCCGCGGCGCCGACUGCCUGGGAGGGCGAUGCCGAUGAACUGGCUGUCGUGGAGGACGUGGCGGGCGCCCCGUGA